AUUGGUCCCGCAAAUUCAGCCUCAUUAUCUUAUCUAUGCGUCAAUUUUCCGGUCGCAGAACGCUUGGGUGGCCAAACAGGAAUAAUUAAGCUCACCACCAACAGUACACAGACCUUAAGACUAUAUCGCGACAAAUACGCUCAGCUAUCGACCCUAGAAACUAUUAUACACUACAAAAAUUCUAGAUUAUUCAGGGAGUCAGACGACUUUCUUCAAAAU